CUGCACUUCCUAUCUGUCACCAAUCUACCUUCACAUUUCUUCACUAACCAUGCAGCUAAAUUCCCAUACGAGCAGACUGGUUGUUCUCCUUUUAACUGCUUUUCUUCCAGGUCUCCGCCUGCAGAGAAAUGGCAGCUCUACGGUUCAUUUCUACAGGCCUGUUCUUCAACACAUCGAAACCGUUCCCACACCUGGAAGCUACAUGCUGAGAGAUUAUGCUGGGCAGCCGUGCAUUAAAGCCAACCUGGGAGCAGAGUAUGUUGUUAUCGAAAACAAGACAAACUGGUAUUUCAGCCUUGAUCCUUCCAGGGUUAUGCUGAGCGGUGAAUGCAGCAAAGAUGAAGCUCUUCUCUCCCUCAUGCUGCCGGAUAAUUCUGCACAGCUGGAGUUCACUUUCAGAAAAGAUGAAGAUAAUUUCUACGUGACCAAACUGGCGGCUGGAUUGUUCCCUCUACCUGUUUGCAAAGGAUGCCCCAAUAAAACAUAUUCUGGGUUUCUGUCUAACCAGACGCUUUUCAAAGCAGCCAAUGACAAAAGCUUCAAGUGUACGUCAGAGUCGCUCCUGUCGGUUUCCUCUAAGCUGCGGAUCAAGUUGGUUCGUCUGCAGAUGCAGGCCUUCGGUGUCCCGGAUGGGCAGUUCAGAGAAGAGGAUGAGUGCUGGGCUGAUUUUAACCACAGAGCGGUUCCCAUCAUCAUCGGGUCCAUAGCAACCGGAGUCCUCCUCGGCAUCGUGCUGAGCUUCCUGAUCAUCAGAGAUCGCCACGCACCAGGAUAUGAGAGACUCUGAACUUAAUGUUUCACUUUUUAAACUCUCUAAACGUCUAAAAUUUACAGUUUAUAGUUUUAUAUUAAUGUUUAUGUUUCUGUCUUUUUAACAAGCGUUUUUAUUUAUCAUUGUUGCUCAAUUUCCGUGUUAAAGUAUGGAGAUAUUGCUUCAUGUAAAGCACAUUAUUGCAUUUUUAUUUCAACUCACAUUUCGAAUAAAAGGAAAAAUUUCUAUAAGAACAUUAAAAUGAAAGCCAAAUUCACUUCUGGAAAUUACUCUGUAAAUAGACAUUAAAGUAUAAAGAAAUAUCAAUAGUAACUUUGAUUAUUCCUCUUUGGAACUCCAUUAAAAAAAACUAAAGGAAUAACAGUCAUAAUCCCAUAAACUCUAGCAGUUUCUAUCGGUUUAUAAUCACAACCUUCAAAAUAUUUCAAUCAAGAUUUUCAGUCAAAUUAUUUUGACUUUUAGAACUCUGAAAUUUUCUGUUUUUUAAAGUUUUUUUUCUAUCAAAUUUUGAAAUUUUCAAAAUCUCCGGAAAUAGAUGCCAGAAAUUUUAAAGUAAUUGUUCAUAUGUUGUCCACAAACUAUUCAAAUAUUUAUAAUUUUUUACUCAUUAUCUAUUCUUCUUAAAAAUAUACGUGACUUAGGUAAUCUUUGUUAAGUAAUUUUAUUUUCGAU